UACUAUCACAGAGCUUUAAAAUGCAGACGCGUAUCUGUUCCGUUGUCAUUCCACAAUUAUCAAGGAAUUUUGUGCGUGCAUUCUCAAAGUCAACAAGUAAUAUGGCUCCAAUCAAGGUCGGCGAUAAGCUUCCUUCUGUAGAUCUCUUUGAAGAUUCCCCGGCAAAUAAGAUCAAUACUGCUGAUUUGACUUCCAAUAAGAAAGUAAUAAUUUUUGCAGUUCCAGGUGCGUUUACACCUGGAUGCUCCAAGACCCAUUUGCCUGGAUUUGUAUCGAAUGCCGAUUCGUUAAAAUCUGAACAAAACAUCAAUGAAAUUGUUUGCGUUUCAGUAAAUGAUCCAUUUGUUAUGUCUGCCUGGGGUAAAGAGCACAACACGUCCGGUAAAGUUCGUAUGCUGGCAGAUCCCGCAGCUACAUUUGUAAAGGCUUUGGAUUUAACUAUUGAUUUACCGCCACUGGGCGGCUUGCGUUCGAAACGAUUUUCGAUGGUUGUGGAAAAUGGUGAGGUGAAGGAAUUGAACGUUGAACCCGAUGGCACUGGUUUGAGCUGUUCGUUGGCCAACAACAUUGGAAAAAAAUAAAGUGAUUACGACUGCCAUGUGAAAUUAUCUGUAGCUUUUAGGGACUACUGAUGCAUAUGUACGUAUGUACAUUUGUAUAAAAAGUAGAAAGCAUCUAAUGAGAAAUUUAUGCAAAUAUAACAAUAAAAAAAAAGAAGAGAUACUAAACAAGAGA